AACACAAAUUACAUCCCCAGGAUACAAGUUACAAACUGUGCGACCAAACUGCUGCUCCACGUGUUGGGUCUCCGGGGACUGAAGUUCCUUACUAAGCGCAGGAUGUCAGGAGCAGAUGCGUGGGUGGGGACUUGGAGACCCCACAAGCCCAAAGGACCCAUAGCAGCUUUUUACAGCAGUCCCGGACCUAAGUACGCGCUUCCUGGAGCCACAGGGGUUAAUUAUCACGAUCCCCGGAAAUCAAAAGCACCAGCUUUCAGCUUUGGCUGUCGUCAUCGUCAGUUUUCGUCAAGCUGCUCCCCCGGGCCCGGUUACCUCAUUCCAUCUCAUGUCACCCGGACCGGGCGGAGCGGCACCCCGGCCUACUCCCUCUACGGCCGUAGUAGAGACUCCCUCCUCUUCCAGACGCCUGGACCAGGCCAGUACGCUCCAGAAAAUGCUGGGAAGUCUGCGUAUCGCUCAGCCCCAGCUUACUCACUCUCUGCACGGAGCAAAGGCUUCCGGAAUGACCAGACGCCGGGACCUGCAGCCUACAUGCUACCAUCUGUAUUGGGACCCAACACAGCAAACAAAAUCUCUGCUCCAAACUUCAGCCUUGUGGGUAGAAGCAAAUACGGCAGCUUCCAUGAGGAUCUUCAAAAGACUCCAGGACCUGGGACAUACAGUGUGGUUCAACCCAGUGUCUACAAAUACAAGCCUCCCCAGUACAGCAUGACCGGACGGAACAGUUUGCCUGGGGACAUGACGCGGAAACCAGGGCCUGCGGCUCAUCGACCCGAGCAGGUCACAAUGACAAGGAACAAAGCCCCUAGCUUCUCGUUUGGAACACGGCACUCAGAUUUUGUUGCACCGCUCAUAGUUGAUGUGGGAAAUUAAAGCCCCCCCCCCCACCUUGCUUUUUGUUUUUUUUAAUUAAAAUCCCACAAUUUUAUUUCUGUGUAAACGAGGAGACUUCAAUGUGUGGCAUGAGGAACAAUCACAUUUCAAAUUAAAUUGAAAUAUAAUAUUAAAUUCAAUCUAUAAAAAUUCAAUAUAUCUGAUAUGUCAACUGGCUACAUUCGUACUUAGUAUUGCUGGGGAAUAAGUCCAAAAUCAUUGCAUAUUUUUUAAAAAUCAAAAAGUUCCUGCAAAAACAUG